AUGCAGUUACGAAAGAUCUUUCCGGCGAUGUACACUCUUUCCGAGGAUCUUCCGGCUCGCUCCCGGGACGCGACUCUGUACCUACUGCGCUGCAUCUUCCUGAUGGGCGUACGUAAGCCUCCCGCAAGAUAUUUCCUAGCCUACGUCUUGUGGUCCUUCGCUCUGAAUCUGAGCUCGACAUUCUAUCAGCCCAUCGGAUUCCUCACGGGCUACAUAAGCCAUCUGUCGGAGUUUUCGCCGGGCGAGUUCCUCACGUCGCUGCAGGUGGCGUUCAAUGCCUGGUCCUGCUCCACCAAGGUGCUGAUUGUCUGGGCACUCGUCAAGAGGUUCGAUGAAGCCAACGCCAUUCUGGAUGAAAUGGACAAACGAAUCACGCAGGCCAGCGAACGUUUGCAGGUUCAUCGCGCUGUCUCGCUUAGCAACCGGAUCUUCUUUUUCUUCAUGACAGUGUACAUGGUGUACGCCACAAACACCUUUCUCUCGGCGAUUUUGAUCGGAAGACCGCCGUACCAGAACUACUACCCGUACUUAGACUGGCGCUCCAGCCACUGGCACCUUGCCCUGCAGGCCGGCUUGGAGUACUUUGCCAUGGCUGGGGCCUGCUUUCAAGACGUCUGUGUGGAUUGCUAUCCAGUAAACUUUGUGCUCGUGCUGAGGGCCCACAUGUCCAUCUUUGCGGAUCGAUUGCGCCGCCUGGGCACUGAUCCGGCGGAGAGCCACGAGGAGCGCUACGAACAGCUGGUGGAGUGCAUACAAGACCACAAGAUAAUACUGCGCUAUGUCGACUGUCUUCGUCCAGUGAUCUCAGGAACUAUAUUUGUGCAAUUCUUGGUUGUCGGAUUGGUACUUGGCUUCACCCUUAUCAACAUAGUUUUGUUCGCUAAUCUGGGAUCGGCCAUCGCAGCGCUUUCUUUUAUGGCUGCCGUGCUGUUGGAGACUACGCCCUUUUGCAUACUCUGCAACUAUCUGACUGAGGACUGCUACAAACUCGCCGACGCUCUAUUUCACUCCAACUGGAUCGAUGAAGAGACUCGAUAUAAAAAGACUUUAAUGUAUUUCCUCCAGAAACUCCAGCAACCGAUAACAUUCAUGGCCAUGAAUGUAUUUCCCAUAUCCGUGGGCACCAAUAUCAGUGUUACCAAGUUCUCAUUCUCUGUAUUUACUCUGGUUAAACAAAUGAACAUCGCCGAAAAACUAGCAAAAUCAAAUGAUGACGAGUAA